AUGCAAGUGAAGCGCAAGAAUUCCACACAAGUCGUGGCAACAGCGGAUCUCGUCGAUGGACUUUACUGGCUGCGGACUCCUCAACGAUCGGCAAAUGCAGCAACACGCAAUGGGACCAUCGACUUGCAUGCGCGCAUGGGUCAUGCACCCCUCGAAGUUCUGCGCAAGAUGGUGGCCACUGGCAUGAUCAAGGACGCCAAGGCACCUCUCAACUCGACUGGUCCAAGUGUGUGUCGCGGUUGCCAGCAAGGAAAGAUGGUCCAAAAAACAAUUCCCAACCAACCGUGA